UUCUGUUGCAGCUUCAGUGAUCAGAUGAGACCAUGAAGCUGUUUGGACUGUAUUUCUCUGCUGUGUGGAUGUUGUGCUGCUGCUGCUGUCUUGUGUAUGGCAGAGGUCAUGGUUUGUGUAUUAAAGAAAAGCUCAUUACAAAGAUCUAUAUAACCACAGAACUGCAAUCUAAAGUCCUGCUGCCGUGCCUUUUUGAACCAGCUCUCUUUGGAUCAGACCUGACCAUGAAUUCAAGUGCUGUGUGGACUCAGAUUAAUAAAACAGUUGACUACAUUUUAGAGAUCAUAGUAAAUGGUCAGAUAAGCGUCUGGAAUAACAGACACAAUAGAAUUAAUGGAUUCCGUGAUGCUGCUGCCUCUGAAAACUUCUCCAUCCUGAUUAGAGAUGUGCGGCUCUCUGAUCUGGGUCUCUACCGCUGUCAACUAUACAGAGACUUCAACUGUUCUCUGGGCUAUAAAGAGAUAGAAAUCAGUCUGGCUGCUGUCGAGUUUUCACUGCUCAGUAACUGGCAGCUCAUAGCUGCAGGAGGAGGAGGAUUUCUGCUGCCCUGUCUGAUCUCUGUGUGUGUUUACUAUACAUGGACAAAACGACAAACAGUCAAUGAAUCAGUCAACCACAGAUCUCACUACUGCCAUGAUGUGGAUGGAGAAACAAAUGCUGACAUAACCUAUGCAUCAGUUGUUUUUAAGUCACACAACUGCCAUGACAAUGAAGUUCUUCUAAAUAACGACGCUGUAAAUGUCUCUGCAUCAGAACUUGUCAGCUCAGAGAAGGUCCUUUACGCUACUGUCAAGCAAAGAGACAGAAGAUGAGCAAGUGAGCAGCGACAUAUCCUAAUUAAAACACUCAAGAAAAAACUAAUGAUUCUAGAGAACUCCCGUCUUGUAUUGUUUGAUUUAUCAGCAAUUGAAUCUAACAGGAGUGGAAAUGCUGUAUAGGCUUAUCUUGCAAAUAAAAAUGACUGUACAAGUGCUCUGAAAAGAUGAACAGUGAUGGCACCAAUCCACCGUAGCUUGUACAGUCUAAUUUAUGCUCUGUUUUUUUAAGCAGAAAUUAGUUUUGUCAUGUUAAUGUUAACACAAAUCCAGAUUACAUUUGUCUUGUGCUGUUUUUAUUAGAGUAUUAGAGACACGAAUCACAUUUUGAACUAUUUUUAAUUUUAAACUAAUUUAACUAAAUGACCAAAAAUGUAAUAUGUAGAUGAAGACCAAAGAAGUAACCUCAUUUGGACCUUUUCUAAAGCACCAGGGAAACCAAAGUAAGCUAAUUCAUACCCUUUUCCUCUUAAAAAAGAAAGAAAAGAAAAUCUAAACCAAAAAUGUAUUAAUUUAUGAGAAAUGAGUGAAUCGACCCUAAUUGUGGAAAGAGUCUAAUGUUUAUCUAGAAUGUAUAUUGGCUUUGUCUUUACCUUUUAUAUUUAUUUGAAAGUCAUACUCUUGGCUCAGUUGCAUGAGGCUGUGAGUUGUAACUGUGGAUGGAUGGUGUGAAACUGAACUCAGCUACUUUAUCACCUAAACCACUGAAGUCUUUGCAGACAAUGUGACAGGACCACACAUGCAACAGUAAGGCACGAUAAAACUGGUGUAGGAGCAGUAACUGUCUAUCUGGUAAAGAAGCAUGUUAUGGAUUUGAGUUAGUAUAAAGCCACUCCAGGCCAAGAUGCUUACAGGAAACCAGAGUGGAAAUCCCCAUAUCCAUGAACGUCUUCACAAAAAGCCACAGCUUCUGUUUUGUCGCAUAGUAAAUAUUCGGUUGUGCAAGUCUUGUAUGAAAAUGUUUUCUCACUACUGAUGCUUCUUUUUUUAAUUCCUAAUUAAAAACAGCUUUCAAA